ACUGGAGCGAAAGAGACCAUUCAGCCAAGGUUCACUGAUCUAUAAAAUGCAUGGCUGGUGCCACUGGUAUAAAUAUCUUACAGGUGUUUGUUUUUAACAUACAGUCAAACUUUGUUCACACUAACUCGACCAGCAACAUUUGUUCAAGUUUUAAGUACUUGGAUCCAUUGAUAUAAGGAUGAUUCUUCUUGCCAUUAUAUAUUAAUAAUUUGUACGAAGGCCAUUUUUCAAUGUUAACUGUAAGAAGACCUUUAACGUCUUGCAAAUGUUAUUUAUACAUAAAUCAAAUGAAACCUAACAUCAAUCCUAAUAUAAAAAAUCAACGUUGUUCAGACUGGCGGAAUCUUACCUAAUGACAAUGUUGAGCUGUUACUUUUCCCAGUAAUAUCCGCCAUUUGGCAACAAUAAAUCAAAGUAACUUCAGUCACGCAAUUCAGUAUAUCCUUGUUAUUAUGUUUAACAGACAGUAAAACCAGUAUAGACUUUAAUCUGCAACUGUAUUUUAGACUGCAGGUGUUUUGUCAUUCUUAAUUGUUUAAUAACUUAUAUCUUAGAACCCCUGCCUUACCCUAGCAUGAUCGUAAAAGUUGACUAAUAGGGUCUUAACACUUGGUUUUGCAGUAACUCUGUGAUUCCAGCAGGUAUGCAAAUUUUGAUUCCAUACCUCAUGUUUUUAUUUCGAUGUAAAUGAGAUGUGGAAUCAAAACUUGUAGUCCUGUUUGGCGCCAUAUAACCUAUACUGUGUUAGUGCACCGUAAAACCCAAAUAAAUAAAUAAAUAAAUAAAUAAAUAAAUAAAUAAAUAACAUAGUUUAAUGAAUUGGCCUCAAUACAAAUCCAGUCAGUUCAAAGUAUGUGCAUAUAAAAAUUCCUCUUUAGACUGUGAAUGGUGUUACACAACACUAUCUUUCCCGAAGAGAAUCAUUGAAACCGAGUCUACUAUAAUUAUUUACUGCGGUUGCGUUAUUAGCUGUCAAAGGAUCUUCUUAGAAUAUUUUAAUAAUACGAUCACAAGUAAAACUAUUUGACCCUAAUUAUUUGAUUGAUUGUCAUUUUACGCUGAUUCAUAAUAACAUCUAUAUUUACAAAUUACUUAAAAUCAGAUGACUGCUGUAUAAGUGGUCAUUAUUGAUAUAUUAAUAUUAGUUGAUUUCAUAUUGUAGAUAUAUGACGAUGACAGUCAGAUUUUCUGCUUUAGUUUUCUUCAUUUUUAUAUUCGUUAUUUAUUUAACCAAUGGCAAAAAUAUUGCAACCGAUUCAGGAUAUAAAGACAUGUCCAAAUAUGAACUGUUGCACUAUUUACUCAAUAAAACGAGUUAUGACGCAAGCAUACCCCCAGACUACUUUUCUGGUAGAGCAACAGAUGUGCACGUUCAAAUUGCUAUUUAUGACAUAAUUUCCGAAAAUGAGCAGAAUAUGGAAUUUUCCUGCCUAAUGUAUAUCAGAAUGAACUGGACAGAUCACCGUUUAAAUUACUCAGAAAUUGCAAGAUAUGACGUCCUCAAAGUCAGUGGCUCAUACAUAAACAAGAUCUGGAUACCUGAUAUUUAUUUUUAUCAGGAUCACAAAACAAUUUUUCCUGGAUUCAUUGGCAAGAAUGAAUUAAUUUACAUUGGAAGAAAUGGAAACAUUAGAUUUAGCGGCAGAAUAUCCACGAUUUUGAUAUGUAGAAUGGAUCUCACACUGUACCCAUAUGAUGUACAGCAUUGUCAGAUGACGCUUCAAAGUUAUGCAUAUACAGAAGAUGAUGUUCAACUUCACUGGAAAGAAGACAACCCAGUGAUAGUAAAUGGUGACGAAAUUAAGGACUAUCCAAAGUGGAGAAACAGUUCGUUUGGUUCGCAAUGUGACGAGCCAGUUGGAAACUUUUCAAUCUUAAAUACGGGGAUUCAGAUUAAACGAACUUCCCAUUCGUUUAGUCAGUUUAUUUCUACACCUGUCGUGCUGGUUUCGAUUGCUAUGACUUCAUUUUCUUUUGGUGAUAACUUCACACCAAGGGUGACCUUGUCUGGAGCCUCUAUGACUACCAUAAUAAUGCACUGGGCAGGGAUAUAUAAUAAAAUCCAACCAGCUUCGGCUUUAGUAUGGCUCGAUAAAUGGAUGCUGAUCAAUCUGUGCUUUGUUGGAGGAAUUAUACUCUUUACUGCUAUCAUCUACCAUGUGAAGCAUCCAAAAGAAAUUGCAGCGUUCAAGCAUCUGAUGGAGGAGUCUAUCACAGUGCAACUGGAACGUUGUAGAAAGAGAUGGCCAGAAUGGAAUGAAGUAAAAACAUGGAAGCUAGACAAGAAAAACAAACAGAUAACAUCUACUGUUGAUAAGGAAACAACACUGGACGACAGCCUAGCUAUCAGAACUGAGAAAGACCUCAGAUGGACAGUUGAUCGAAGAUUUUAUGCAGUUAAAAACGAUGAACUAAGAGAAAAAUAUUACAGAGAAUUUGUGGAAAGCAUGGAGAAAGACCGAAGCCGUCUUAAUUUGAAACUCUUCAAUAUCUGUAGACACUAUUCUAGACGAUUUAUUCUAGAUGUACUAGUCUUCGUCGUUUUUGUUUUAAGUUACGUUUGCUUUGCAGCUAUAUAUGUUAACCUCUGGCAAAAUAAACACUUCAACUCGACCGAUGAUUAAAAAAGAAGGGCUAGACCGAGGGCUAGCAGGUUUGUAGUAAAGACAAAUAAGACAUUCAAUGAAUCUUGUAUUACAUGAUAUCAGAAAUGCAUUUCAAAUAUUUUUUCUGAAGUUUUGACUUUAGUAUAAGCAUAGCUAUGUUCAACUACGGACCAGCCAUGAACUACGGACCAGCCAUGAACUAAGGACCGGCCAUGAACCGGCGAUUUAUAUAAGGUGUCAUGUAAUAUUGUUUUCGGUUAUUUUGCCUUACCAGUCGUGUCUACUACAAGAAGCCGGGAAGCAGAAUAUAUCCAAGCCGCAGGAUGUAAGGAGUCCACAGAUUGGUCACACCUACAUGCUUCGGUCCAACGGGUGUUUGCGAUUUAUGACAGUCUGUCAUUAAUUCGACAGUGUUUCAUGAAGAAUAAUAUAAUAACAAAAUGUAAAUCAGUUACAUAUAUUAAGAUUUUAUUGAAAAUGAAGAUCGGUUUCUUUCUGACUUUACAUAUUUGAGUUAUUUUAGUUACCAUUAAAAUUUAUGGACAUUUA